AUGAGCUCCGCAACAAUGUCGACUGCUGAUACCAGCUCCCCCACCAACAGCACCCGCACCAUGUCCACCGUAACCUCCGCCGCACCGUCCGCCGCGCCGUCCGGGCCGCCCGUGUCCAUGAGCUCGUCGAGCGUCACGGGCACCAAGGCCCUGGCGAAGCGCGCCAUCCGCGUCGCGCAGGCCGUCGCGGACGCGCGGCUCGACAGCGCGUACGAGAACGAGUCGGAAGGGUUCGACUACCACGACUCGGUGGAGGCCAGCAAGGGCAUCACGCAGACGGACGGCGGGCAAAGCGGCGCGCAAGGCGGCGGGAAACCCGGCGGCGCGCCGGUCGCGUCGUACCUGCAGCGCAUGCAGCGCGGAGGGUUGAUCCAGGCGUUCGGAUGCCUGGUGGUGGUGGAAGAAGCGACGUUUAACGUGCUUGCUUUUAGCGAGAACGCCAAGGACCUGCUGGGGCUGAUCCCGAAGCCCAAGACGGAGGAAGAGCUGGAGGCGGAGAAGAAGGCCGCGGAGGAGGAGGAGCGGAAGAAGGCGGAAGAGGCGGCGAAGGCGGAAGCGGCGACGGCGUCCCCGAGCAAGGCGUCUCCCGCAAAGUCGGGCAUUGGCCGCGCCUUCUCGUCUCUCAAGGACAAGAUCUCCUCCGCGAUUCGCGGGCACAACGCGGCAGGCUCCAAGCACUCCAAGGAGCGCGGACGCAGCGCCGGGCCUUCCGCGAGCUCGGACGGGCGCGUGGGCUCCCCCGCGCGCUCGCAGUCCCCCUCGCGCAAGUGGCGCAGCGGGUUCCGCGCAAGCCGCCGCGCGGAGGACUUUGAGGGCGCGCACUCCAACCUGAGCAAGGCGGGGGACGCGGACUCCGCUCCGCCUGCUCCGCCUCCGCUUCCGCCGCUCCCCGUGCUCGAUUUCGGGGUGGACGCGCGUGCGCUGUUUACUCCUGACAGCGUGACAGCCCUGGAAAAAGCCACCGGCGCCGCAGACCUGAGCAUGAUCAACCCAGUUCUUGUCGAAGCAGCCGUCUCGAACCGGGGCGACCACCGGCCGUUCUACGCCAUCCUGCACCGCAUCGACGUGGGCAUCGUCAUCGACCUCGAGCCCAUCCGCGACGCCGAAAACAUCUUCACCGGCGCGGGCGCGCUGCAGGCGCACAAGCUCGCCGCCAAGGCCAUCGCUAGGCUCCAACGCAUGCCGCCCGGCGACAUGACCAAUCUGUGCCAGGCUGUGGUGGAGGAGGUGAAGGAGCUGACGGGGUACGACCGAGUCAUGACUUACAAAUUCCACGAGGAUGAGCAUGGAGAGGUGCUGGCAGAAGCUAAAAAACCAUCCAUGGAGGCUUACCUCGGUCUCCACUACCCUGCGACCGACAUUCCCCAGGCCAUCCGGUUUCUCUUCAUGAAGAACCGCGUGCGGUGCAUCUGCGACGCGUAUUCCAACGAGGUCAAGGUGGUGAGGGAUGAGGGGCGGCUCAAGCAGCCGGUGACGCUGGCGGGGUCGCAGCUGCGGGCGGCGCAGCGCUGCCACAUCCAGUACAUGCGCAACAUGGGCACCACAGCUUCCAUGACCAUGGCGGUGAUUAUUAACGAUGAGGACGCCGCACAGCAGGCGCAGCAGCAAGGAGGAGCGGGUGGUGCUCCCGCGCAGCCCAACCGCGGGAAGAAGCUGUGGGGGCUGGUGGUGUGUCAUCACGAGACGGCCCGGUACCUCCCGUUCCCGCUGCGCCUGGCCUGCGAGUUUCUCAUGCAGGUGUUUUCGCUCCAGGUGAAUAUGGAGCUUGAGAUGGCCCGGCAGCACCGCGAGAAGGAGAUGCUCCGGACGCAGACUCUCCUCUGUGAUCUUCUCAUGCGCGGGGACGCUCCCCUCGGGAUUGUCUCGCAGAACCCUAAUAUCCGGGACUUAGUUAAGUGCGACGGCGCUGCGCUGUACUACGCCGGGCGGUUCUGGCUGCUGGGGACCACUCCCACUGAGAUGCAGAUCCUGGAUAUUAUUGACUGGCUGGAUUCCGCGCACGCCGAUUCGUCCGGUCUGAGCACUGACAGCCUGGCAGAAGCGGGGUAUCCGCGAGCCGAGGAGCUCGGGGAGGGGGUGUGCGGGAUGGCGUGUGCGCGGCUGUACGCGAGAGACGUGCUGCUGUGGUUCCGGUCGCACGUGCGGAAGGAGGUGCGGUGGGGCGGGGAGAAGCACGACAAUAGAGACAAGGACGAUGAGCGGCCGGAGCGGAUGGAUAUGGGGCCAAGGGCGAGCUUUGCGGCGUUUCUGGAGGUGGUGCGGCAGCGGUCGAUGCCGUGGGAGGACGUGGAGAUGGACGCCGUGCACUCGCUGCAGCUCAUUCUGAGAGGCCACCUCACGAGCUUCAGUGAUAAUGACAUGCGCGAUAUGAUGCUCAACCGCAUGCGCGACCAGGAAAUGGAUCGCCUGAGCGCCACAGAGAGUGAGAUGGUGCGAGUGCUCGAGACAGCAACAGCGCCCAUCCUGGCCGUUGACAGGGACGGGUGUGUCACCGGGUGGAACGCCAGGCUGGCGGCGCUGACAGGGCUGGCCACAGGGGACGCCCUGGGAAAACACCUGAUCACGGACCUGGUGGUGGAGGGCAACGUGGACGCUGUUGGGAGGGCGCUCUUCCUCGCUCUGCAAGGUCAGGAGAGCAAGGAGCUGGAGAUCCAUCUGCGCACGUGGGGCGUGGUGCAAUCCAACAAGGAUUCGGUCAUCCUCGUCGUCAACGCCUUUGCCAGCCGCGGGACAGCCAUGGGGGGGGACGACAUGGAGGACGUGGUGGGGGUGUGCUUCGUGGGGCAGGACGUGACGGCGCAGAAGGCGGUGCAGGGCAAGUUCACGCGCCUGCAGGGCGAUUAUGAGGCCAUUGUGCACGGGAACAACUCCCUUAUCCCCCCCAUCUUCUCCACUGACGAUUUUGGCAACUGCACGGACUGGAAUCCCGCUAUGGAGAGGAUCACCGGGGUGCCACGUCAGCAGGCGAUCGACCGGCUGCUGCUGGGUGGCAUUUUCGGCCCCAUCUGCCGCAUGAAGGCGGACACGAUGACGAAGCUGAUGAUUGUGAUCAACAAGGCAAUGUCGGGGCAGAUGACUGACCGCUACCCAUUGGAGUUCCUGGAUGCACAUGGCCAACUGGUGGAGGCUUUAUUGACCGUGCAGACGCGCCGGGAUUCCGACGGGCACGUGACGGGGGUGUUCUGCUUCCUGCACACCGUCUCCGCCGAGCUGCAAGCAGCUCUCAACCUGCAGCGCGCCACGCAGGACUUCGCCAAGGAGAAGGCCAAAGCCGUCGCGUACACCAGAGACGCCAUCCGCGGGCCUUUGGACGGGAUUGAGCAUGCGCUGGAGGGGCUGAGGAAGGAGGAGCAGGAGGGGCGGCUGGUAGGGGAGGAGGAGAGGAAUGCGGUGGGCGUGGCGGAGCGGUGCAAGGAGCAGGUGGACCGGAUUCUGGGGGAUGAUGAUAUUGAUACCAUCGAGGAGGGCUACGUGAACAUCAUCCCAGCCGUCUUCACCAUCGCAUCCGUCGUCGACGCGGUGGUCGCGCAGGGCAAGCAAGCCGCCUCCCGCCGCGGGGUCUCUCUCGUCUUCGACCCGCCGCAGCAGCUGCGCUCCUUCCCGGGCCUCGCCGGUGACCCAGCCCGCCUGCAGCAGGCCCUGGCGGAGUACCUCACCAGUGCGGUUGCCUUUACGCCUGCGGGCGGGUGGGUGAAGGUUCGGCUUGUGGCGAGCACGCGCAGUCUCUUUGGCGACCAGGGCUCUCUCAAAUGCGAAUUUCGGAUCUGGGCGAGAGAGUGGGAGCUGGAAGGGGAAUGUGGGUUGGGUUUGGCAGGGGAUGGCCUCGCCGGUGACCCAGCCCGCCUGCAGCAUGCCCUGGCGGAGUACCUGACCAGUGCCGUGGCGUUCACGCCGGCAGGCGGGUGGGUGAAGGUGCGCCAGGAGCCUGUUCGGCGACCAGGGCUCCCUCAAAUGCGAGUUCCGAGUGCAACACUCGGACACGCUCCCCCUGUACGACGAGGCACACCCCACCACGCUCUAGUUUUGAGGCGCCUCAACACACGCUCUGUCUUCGGAUUCCUCCCUCACUUUAUUCACUCGCCUCUCUUUGCUCUCUCCCACAUCUCCCUCCACCAGAGUGCAACACUCGGGCGCGCUCCCCCAGGAGCUGGUGCAGCAGCUAGUGCAACACUCGGGUGCCCUUCCCCAGGAGCUGGUGCAGCAGCUGAGCUGGUGCAGCAGCUGUAUGACGAGGCGGACCCCCAACUCCCUGUUGGUCCUAAACCCCCUUCAUGUGUUGUGUCUUCUCCCCCCAUCCCUCUGCUUUCAGAAGUGCAACACUCGGGCGCCCUUCCCCAGGAGCUGGUGCAGCAGCUGUAUGACGAGGCGGACCCCUCCCCACCUUUCUGUUGGUGUCAACCCCCUUCAUGUGUUGUGUCUUCUCCCCCCACCCCUCAGCUUACAGAAGUGCAACACUCGGGCGCCCUGCCCCAGGAGCUGGUGCAGCAGCUGUAUGACGAGGCGGACCCCCAACUCCCUGUUGGUCCUAAACCCCCUUCAUGUGUUGUGUCUUCUCCCCCCAUCCCUCUGCUUUCAGAAGUGCAACACUCGGGCGCCCUUCCCCAGGAGCUGGUGCAGCAGCUGUAUGACGAGGCGGACCCCUCCCCACCUUUCUGUUGGUGUCAACCCCCUUCAUGUGUUGUGUCUUCUCCCCCCACCCCUCUGCUUACAGAAGUGCAACACUCGGGCGCCCUUCCCCAGGAGCUGGUGCAGCAGCUGUAUGACGAGGCGGACCCCUCCCCACCUUUCUGUUGGUGUCAACCCCCUUCAUGUGUUGUGUCUUCUCCCCCCACCCCUCUGCUUACAGAAGUGCAACACUCGGGCGCCCUUCCCCAGGAGCUGGUGCAGCAGCUGUAUGACGAGGCGGACCCCUCCCCACCUUUCUGUUGGUGUCAACCCCCUUCAUGUGUUGUGUCUUCUCCCCCCACCCCUCUGCUUACAGAAGUGCAACACUCGGGCGCCCUUCCCCAGGAGCUGGUGCAGCAGCUGUAUGACGAGGCGGACCCCUCCCCACCUUUCUGUUGGUGUCAACCCCCUUCAUGUGUUGUGUCUUCUCCCCCCACCCCUCUGCUUACAGAAGUGCAACACUCGGGCGCCCUUCCCCAGGAGCUGGUGCAGCAGCUGUAUGACGAGGCAGACCCCUCCCCACCUUUCUUGCAACACUCGGGCGCCCUUCCCCAGGAGCUGGUGCAGCAGCUGUAUGACGAGGCGGACCCCUCCCCACCUUUCUGUUGGUGUCAACCCCCUUCAUGUGUUGUGUCUUCUCCCCCCACCCCUCUGCUUUCAGAAGUGCAACACUCGGGCGCCCUUCCCCAGGAGCUAGUGCAGCAGCUGUACGACGAGGCGGACCCCACCACGCGCACGCAGGAGGGGCUGGGCCUCUCGGUGUGCCGCAAGAUCCUGCUGGCCAUGGCAGGCGACGUGCAGUACGACCGAAACUACAACGCCUGCGAGUUUGUCGUGCGGAUCGGGUUCCCCUUUGCUUAG